CCUAUUUAAGUAGUCGACCGACUGUCACUGUGCAGUUUGGAUGUUGUAUUUGUAUGUAUUCCAUAUUUAGAUGCUGUGGACCCAAAUUGUGUCAAAAUCUGUCCUGACCUGUACGCAGUUGGCAAAGCUUAAAUCGAACGUAGUCAGGUUCAUCAUAGUGAAUCAGUGUGUGCCUUCGCCUCCUACAGCAGAGAACGUCAUUGUUUAUACGUGGGGACAAAACUGUAAACAUGGCUGCUCUUCGUCAAAGAGCAGCCGUUAAUUUCCUGUUAACGACAUUACUUUUGAGCGCUUUGAUCGACCUCGUUAACUCUUCAGAAAGAUAUGGAAGUCCCAGUAGAUACAUAGGCGUUGCUAGAAAGAAGAGGUCAGAACCGGUGUUUAUUAGUAGAAGGGCCAACGCUGAAAGUGUCUUGGAGGGCCAAAGUAGUGCCAGUUCAGGUGGUGCUCCUGAACUCCCAGUGCUGCGUUCGAAAAGGGAUGCCACAGGAACUCAUGACGAUGACAAGGAGGACAAAAAGCCAGACAUCGUUGAGUUCCAGUUGAAGGACAGCCAUCAGUUUGUGAUGAUAGACUGGGCAGGUGAGGGAAGUGAUGUUAUUGUCUGCGUCACACGGGAUUCUGAACAAACUCAGUCAUCUGCGUCAAAUGUCUACAUCUCCUAUGAUUAUGGUUCCACUUACGAACAAAAGACUGAAAACUUCAAGACGAAGAGUAGAAAACCAGCCAUUAUAAAUAAAUUUUACAAAAAUGGAAAGUUUACUUCAAGGUUCGUUUUUACAGAUGUUGUCAACAAGUAUAUUUACACCACCUUGAAUAAUGGCUUGAAUGUCACGUCGCACAAGGUUGUAUUUUCCCCAUCAGAAUUGGUUCAUCACCCGAUUGAUCCUGAUGUUUUGUUGGUUUAUGAUACAGAAGACAAAGAACGCAAGUUAUGGGUUAGUGAGGACUUUGGAGAAACAUGGCGAAUGAUUGGUAUUUACGUGAAAUCUUAUUACUGGUCAGAAUUCACAAAUCCCCCAACUUUGUACGUGGAAAGGCGAGAACCCUCCGAUGUUGCGGCUGUGACAGCCUCCCAAGAUCUGUUUCGAGAUCAGUCAUCUGUCAAGACCAUUAUAACUGAUGUGGAGGACUUUGAAGUGAAAGAUGAGUUUCUCUUUGCCAUUAAGAAGGUGCACCUUUUUGGAUCUCACUCUUCUGAGCCCCAGCUCCAGUUGUGGGUAUCAUAUCGUCAAGGACCUUUCUUGAACUCCGAAUUCCCAAGUACUCUCUCCCACCAACAUUACUAUAUUGCUGAUAUCUCAGAAGGACAGGUAAUGGUAUGUGUUGCUCAUGAUCAGGUGAUGUCCAACUUGUAUGUGUCUUCUGUUCCAAGGUCUUUAAAUCAUCAGCUUCGCUUUUCACUUUCUCUGGAACGAAUCCUCUAUUUUAAUCCAACAAAGAACUGGGUGGAUACUUGGCUGAGUGUUGUUGCUGAUAAGACAUUUGCCGACCUGCAUCCUGUGGAAGGUAUUCGUGGUGUCUUCAUUGCUUCUCAGCUGGUGGCCAACUAUACAAAGAGUACUAGCACUCUUGGGCCAGAACACUUGACCUCUUACAUUACUUUUGACCAGGGUGGCAUUUGGAAGCCUAUUCAACCACCACGUGUAGAUGUGGAUGGUAAUACUAUUAACUGCUCUAGGGUAUCAGGCUGUUCCUUACAUCUGAGUCAAGAGUUUAGUCAGUUAUACCCUGCAUCUCCAGCCAAGCCCAUUCUUAGCAAGAAAAGUGCACCAGGUCUUAUUUUAGCAACAGGAACAAUUGGAGCUUCUUUGAAGGGGCACCCUGCUCUGUACUUAUCAACUGAUGCUGGUAUAAAUUGGUACCAGGUACGCAGGGGCAGUUACUUGUACACACUAGGUGACCAUGGUGGUAUUAUUAUUGCUGUACAAAUGUACCAAGCAAAUGGCACAACAAAUGUCAUACAGUAUUCAACCGAUGAAGGCGAGACAUGGCAUGAAGAGAAGUUUUAUGAUGAGAAAAUUCGUGUAUAUGGACUGAUCACUGAGCCAGGAGAGAACACAACUGUAUUUACGAUAUUUGGAUCCGAAUCAGAUAAGCAUCAGUGGAUUUUCAUUAAGGUGGAUAUGAAACCAGUGUUUCAGUAUGCAUGCAAUAAAGAUAAUGACUACAAGACAUGGUCUCCAACUGAUGGUCGAAGAGGACACAAUUGUUUGCUGGGAAGGAAGCAAGUUUAUGAACGUCGCAUUCCACAUGCAAAUUGUUUUAAUGGAAUCGACUAUGACAGACCUGUAUCAGUAGAGAAUUGCCCUUGUAACAGAGAUGAUUUUGAGUGUGAUUUUGGAUUCAAAAUUACUGAUUUACUAGAUUGUGUUGAGGACACAGAUGAUGCCAUUAAUCCUUAUGAUGUACCAGCUGUUUGUUUGCCUGGACAUUUUUAUAAUAGAACAAGGGGUUAUCGAAAAGUCCCAGGUGACUCUUGUGAAGGUGGACGAGAGUAUCUUUAUCGCCCUACAAUCACUGCUUGCCCAGUAACGGAGGAGCAGGAGUUCUUGUUGGUCUCUACACGCCAGGAAAUCAUGCGUUAUGAUCUGGUUAAUCCCCAGGCUGGACUAGAACCAUUGCCUAUUCCAGGCUUAAGAAUGGUUAUUGCUCUUGAUUUUGACAUGGAAAAUAACAGUGUCUAUUGGUCUGAUGUAGAUGAAAAGAAGAUAAAGCGUUUGUGUUUUGAUGGCCAUCACGAUGUUGAGACCCUUGUUGACACUAACCUGCACAGUGUUGAAGGAUUAGCACUUGACUGGAAAUGAAAGAAUUUGUAUUUUGUAGACGGAGAACGCAAGACACUUGAAGUCAUUCGAACGGAUAUAUCCAACUAUGGACGGAUGCGUAGAACGCUGUUGGACAGUAAGACCUUGGAUAAUCCCAGAGGCAUUGCUGUUCAUCCUGUACAUGGGCUUCUCUAUAUCACUGAUUGGUCAGAGUCUAAACCUAUGGUGGCUUGUUCAUAUUUGGAUGGAACUAAUUUAACUGUUUUGUUUGGAGCAAGUAUUGUAGGGUGGCCCAAUGGAAUUACUAUCGACUUUGAGACUGAUCGUAUUUUCUUUGCUGAUGCCAAAUUAGAUUACAUAGCAUCUGCUGAUCUGGAUGGAAAAAACAUGAAGAAAAUUAUUGUCAACAGUGAAAAAGUUAUGCAACCAUUUGCAUUGGGAGUUUAUAAAUCUUUAAUAUUCUGGGAUGAUUGGACAGUACAUCAGGUUCUUCAGGCAGACAAAGAAUUAGGAAUUGGAGUAUCCCCAAUUUCAAACUUCACCAGGAAGGGGUUGGUUGACCUCAAAGUGUUUAGCCAUUGGUCUCAGCAAGGUUCAAAUGCUUGUGGAGAACGAAAGUCUCCAGUGUGUUCUCAUCUUUGCUUGGGACGACCAAAUAGCGCAUAUUCUUGUCUCUGUCCAGAUGGGUUGAAGGCUAUUAAGAAUGGCACCAAUGAACACUGUGUUUGCCCUGAUGGAUCAAAGAUUGAAGACGAUGGAACAUGUUUGUCUGAAGGUAGCACAUGUGCCACAAAUUUCUUCAAGUGUGGUAAUGGUCGGUGUAUUCCCAGGCAGUGGGUAUGUGACAUUGAUAAUGACUGUGGAGACAACUCUGAUGAAACUGAGAAGGAAUGUGGUAGAAAGCCUUGUGAAGCUCCUGCAUGGCAGUGUGCUAAUGGACACUGCAUUGCGCCAGGUUGGAGGUGUGACUAUGAUAAUGACUGUGGUGACAAUUCAGAUGAAAAGGACUGCCAUCCUACUGAUUGCCCUGAUAACACUUUCAGGUGCAAUAAUGGCCGCUGUAUACAUCCAAAUUGGGUGUGCGACAUGGAGGAUGACUGUCGUGAUGGUUCUGAUGAACAAAACUGCACUACAUCUCAUAAGAACCAGUGUAGAGGCACAGAGUUCACAUGUUCAGAUGGGAGAUGUCUACCAGGGUCGUGGCGUUGUGAUGGUGACAGUGAUUGUGCUGAUGGCCUUGAUGAAAAAAAUUGUACAAAUGUUACGUGUGAAUCCUGGCAAUUCCAGUGUAGUAGUAAACAGUGUAUAUUCAGGACCUGGAGGUGUGAUGGGGAAGCUGAUUGUCAUGAUAAGUCUGAUGAGGUAGAUUGUGGUGACAUCCCCAGCACGACUGUACCACCUUUGAUACCAUUUGGUCCACUAGUUCCUCCUACAAGUGGCAAUUGCACUGCUCUUAUGUUUCGUUGCCGUAAUGCAAAUUGCAUUCCAUUUUGGUGGCGAUGUGAUGGCUUGGAUGACUGUGGGGAUACAUCAGAUGAAGAAGAUUGUGAUCAUGGUGGGUCUAGGAAUGUAACCACAGUUCCAACUUCAAGGCCAGAUGCACCCUCACACACUUGUAAAGCUGAUCAGUUUUCUUGUAGUGAUGGAACAUGUAUAUGGGAGUCAUGGGUCUGUGACAAUGACAAAGAUUGUCCCAAAGGAGAAGAUGAAGACAAUUGUCAUCAGACUCAAACAUGUGCUGAGCGCAAAGGUUUUACUUGUCAUCAUUCUGGUGGCUGUAUUCCUAGUGAAAGUGUUUGUAAUGGCCAAAAGGAUUGUGCUGAUGGAUCUGAUGAAGAGGUAUGUGGAACUGUUGUGGCUGGAGAUAAUGAUUGCCCUACAGAAUAUUUCGCUUGUGAUGGAGGAGCAUGCAUUGAAUCUUUCAGAAGAUGUGAUGGUAACCACAACUGUGUAGAUCUCACUGAUGAGCAGAAUUGCAGUGGAACUGAGGAAAAGGCAUAUGUUGUGACAAACUUUGUAAUUAAAGAUCUUAAGAAUGUGUCUGUCACAGUGAGCUGGGAAGUUAAUGACAACACAAAUAAUACACAGAGCUUAGAGUAUAUGCCAUCUCUAAUUAUCAAGGCUAUGACAGGGAACCCAGCAGCAUGGAAGAAUUUUACUUGGUUGCCAGAGUCUAGCAAAACAUUUACAGACCUGACUCCAUACACAUAUUACUUGCUCAAAGUCUAUGUAAGAAUCAAGGGUGAGAUGAAGGAAUUCCCUCCAAUUAAACCAUUGGUGUUCCGUACAGAAGUUGGGAUUCCCAGUCCUCCUAUGGAGGUUGCUGUUCGUCAGGUUGAAGAUGUUGUAAUUGUAUCUUGGAAGCCUCCUGUGAGUCCUAAUGGUCCAGUUGCCAGUUACAAAGCAUCUAUGUCUCCUCCAAUUCCACCAAGACAAGUUCAUAUAUCUGGAAAUGCUACAAACAUGACCGUACCAUCUUCAUUUAUGGAAAGUCCAUGUAAAGUCUGGGUAACAGCUGCAAAUUCAAUGUAUACUAGCAGUGAAAGCGAGUCUGUUGAAUACACUAGGAAGUCGGUUAAUUCACUGGUGCGUUGGAGAGUAGUAAGUGCUAAUAGCUCAGCUGCAAGUUUAGAAUGGGACCCUAUUGAUGAUGUUGAGGGCUAUGUGGUCAGUCACUCGCGUCCAGAAAACGGAUACCUGUUGGGUGAAGUUUUAACCAAUACUACUGAGACGCACAUAACUGUUACCAACUUGGCACCAUCUUUGAAGUACAUGUUCAAGGUUAGGGCAGCAAAGAAUGACAUGCUAGGUCCAGCAAAUCCUACUCCUAUUAUUACAUCUGGUGACCCAUUAACACCAGUUAAGGGACUGCAUUAUGAAGUAAUGAAAGAUAUUGCAACAACUGUGAAGUUGACGUGGGAUGAACCUGCAUAUAACUCUAUGAAGGUUCAUUGGGAAUAUCGCAUUGUUUGGGGCAAGAGUGUCGGUGAACUGAAGCAUAAUCUGAAUGAUAACUCUGGAAAUGUAGGUGCAACUACAAAUACCUCGUAUGUUAUAAGAGGACUUGAAGCUUGUGAAAUCUACAUAAUUGGUGUAAUGGUUGGAGGACCUAUUGGCAUUGGUCCUGUGGAAACUGUACAGGUAUCAACCGGGUCAGAUUCCCUAGCACCUCCAAAGAACUUGCGUGCUAUAAGACCAAAUCCUUCAGGCACCACAAUGAAGAUAAUUUGGGAACGUGCUUGUGCAUAUAAAAAGAAGGAGGCCAUUCAGUAUGAGCUACUCAUUACAGAUGAUGUUAAGAACAAGAGUUCUUAUUUCCAAUUGCCUAGCAAAGAAGGUGUUCCACAGAGUCAUGAAGUUGAAGUCCACUAUGGUGGCCAAUACUCUGUUUCAGUCCGCCAUGCUUUACCAGAUGCCAGAUACAGUCAACCUGUUGUGUGUAGUGGCCCGCCAAUUCCACCACCAUAUGAACUGACAUUUAACCCAAGUGAUGAAUCCUUCUUCUGGAGAGCUAAUCCUGCAAUGCCCAGUAAUUUAAUAGCCAAAAAUAACACUUUUGAACUGUUCAUCUCAAAGAAUAGCAACAUGAGUGAAGCCAAGUCGUAUUCUUCAGUUGCACCACCUCUUAUUAUCAAAGACCUCUCUCCAGGGGUUAUCUAUUAUGCUGCUGUUGCUCUCAAAGAUGCUGAUGGCUACUUAUCCUCAAAGUCAAGUAUUUUAAGAAUUGAGAAACCUAUAGGAAGUGAAAUAGUUCUGUCUCAAAACAGUGUUGUUGGUGUUGCUGUAUCUGUGUUUUUGGUUGUUGUCGCCUUGGUUGUAAUUGUUGCAAUAAUGGCAGUGCGUCAUAGGCGGCUAGCGCGGUCAUUCCUUACAUUUGCCAAUACCCAUUAUGAUCGAUCACAAGGCACAACUCUCAUCACUACUGACCAUAACCUAGAUGAAGAUGAUGACUCUCCUAUGAUAAGAGGGUUUUCAGAUGAUGAACCAAUGGUAAUCGCUUGAUGCUUGCCUGCUGUGACAUUUUCAUCAACUGCUGGCAAUCCUCAUCUUUUGGGUCCAGAGUUGAUAUAAAACGAAAGAUGUUUAAUGGCGCAAUUAAUGUCAUAGAAUAUUGCCAUAGAGCAAAAUGAGGAGAUUCUUGUCAGGUCUGUAAUGCUAAGUACAGUAUAGUGAUAGUGUUACACAAUAAGUUUUGAGUGAUUUACUGAUGUAAAUUUAAUUAUUAUAAAUGCCUCUCUGUACAUUUGAAGUUAUAGAUUGCUGUGAUAGUAUAUUAAUCUUUUUUCCUAUAAGUGGUAUGGGUGACUUACAUAAUAUCCAGCUUCCCUUCCUUUUAGAGAUUGGGGUAAGUAAAGGGUUAGCAACUGAAUUGAAAUGUUGGAUAUUAUACCUAGUGCAUUUUAAUGAAAAAUAUGAUUUGUAUAUAUUGAGGGAUAUAAUGAUCUAAUAUUAGGCGAGUGCAAAGAGUAGAUUGUAAGCAUAAUGAUAUGCAGUAUAUAUUUUUUGAUGUCAGUGUUGAACUUUUUGUUUAUUUUAUGAUGUUAUAAGUUGUGUUUAUAAUUAACCGUUGGAGAUGUGCAAAUCUUUUUGUACUUUGAUAUUUGUUUAUAAAUGGAUAAUUUGCAUACCUUUUUUUAAAAAUAUAUACUUGUCAAAAGAUCUCAAAUCCAUUACAUUGUAAGCAAGGGAACUUCCAGGAUUUUGGUGUAGUAUAGGUUUAAUUUAAAUUAAAGUCAUAGCUAUUCUACUUGAAAGUGUCAUGUUAUUAAUUUCCAAGGAAAUCAAGACUUUGCAUUCUUUUUCAAAAUUUUGAUGGAUAUACUUUACAAAAGCUUAGUUGGUUUUUUCACAUUUAUUGGUCUUAAUCUCACCAUUCUUGUUUGAAAGUGGUAGAUGUUCAGUUCUGCUAAUUAGUUCUUCAGCAGCAAUUGAUCUGCAGCAAUUAGUUGACCAAAGAUACUGUUUUUUGUGUCAAUUUGAAGUAGCUUUGUUGUUGAAGGCUUUUGGGAAGAUAAAUAGAAGUCAAUGAUCCUUGAAAGUUACUCUUCACAGCACUGAAAUAUUUGGAGCAAGUUCACUUCAAAACAAUAUCAGUAUGGCUUUUCUUGGUUCAAGGCAAUUUAAUAGUGUUGCGCUGUAUAUCACCAAUUUAUAGGUAUAUACGGUGGUCCCCCCGUAUUCGCGGGGGAUGCAUACCAGACCCCCCCGUGAAUAGUUAGAACCCGCGAAUGUUUGGAACCCUUAUAAAAACACUAAAAACAGCCUAUUUUGUUAGUAACUAACAAAAACCACAAAAAAUUUUCAUACUUGGUUUUUUAAUAGUUUUAUCACAAAAAGUGCAUUUAUGAUGAAAUUGAUAUAAAAAAAAAAAAAAAAAAUUAAAAAAAAAAAAAAAAAAAAAAAAAAAAAAAACAGGAAUUUUGUGGAUAUUUCUCAUAGAAAAAUUCCGUGAAUGUGUGCAUUUUCCACGAAUAAUGCGGGGAAACGUUCCCGAGAGAAAUCUGCGGAUGUGUGAGUCCGCGAAUCCGGAGAACACGAAUAUGGGGGGGCCCACUGUAUGUCCAGAAUAUAAAAAUAAAAAUGAAACUUGAAAUUCAUUAAAAUGCCAUUUCUCCAAAUUGGAUUUUCAUGCCUGCUUCUUACUGUCUUUUAAGGUGCCAUCUAGUUUUGGAAGGAAAAUUUUUAUUUGCAAUAUAGCUGUAAUGUUAUAUAACUAGUAAUAAGAGGCUUUGUUUGUUAAAAAUUUAGCCCAGAAAUCACAUUCUUUGAAACAAGACAUUUUUUCUCCCCAGUAAAAAAAUUAAUAAUGUAAUCCUAAUUGAUACUGUACAAGGCCCUUUCGCAAACCUUCAAACAGUUUCUUUUAUCAUUUGUGAAAUUAAAGUUUCACCGCUGUGAAUGUUUUGAAGCAUUACCCAUGUUUUUCAUAUUAUACCAAGUAGAAAUUGAGAUUGAGAGACAUGGAAGUAAAAAAAUUACAAAGUUUGUGUUGCAUAGGACUUCAAAAAUAUUGAUCAGAGUGUCUCAUGUAUUAUAAAACUAGUGGAAUAUGCAGUUAUUGUAUUUUAUUGGUGUCAGACUAUAUUAACAGUUUUGAAUAAUUUGUUUUCAUAUGAUCAUUGAAUUUGAAAUUAUGGACUUUAUUGAUUUUUAUCAAUUAUUUUGAAAUUACAUUUAUGUAGCUUAUUGGUUUUUGAGAAAAGUGAUUCUCUUAUUAGAACAAAAGGGAUAUAUGGGUUUAUAUUUGCAAAAAUAUGUUUUUAUAAAGUGUACCUUAUGAUUAGCAGUUUUGUUGGUCUUUGUUGAGUAUUAUAAAUUAAUUCAUUACCAUUACCAUGGAAAAUUACCAUUUAAGUGGAUAUUGUUUAUACCAUUCAGCAUUUUAACAAUUAUUUAUAGGUUGUUUCAGGUUGCCAUAUAGUAUACCCUUUUUAUGUUACCAGUCUUGAUGAUCAAUUAGUAUUUUUAUUAUUUCAUGUUUCACUAAGUAAUUAAGGAGUAAUGAAUAGUUUGUCUUAAUCCUUUGUCAUAAAUUAUGACAAUCAGCUUUUAUUGUGUAAUUAGUUGCAGAUGGUUGUAUUGAAAGCUAGGCUUACUGGAUUUUGUAAUGAAUUUUAACUGUAUUUUAGUAUUCUUAUUUUAUUUACAUUAAACUGGAUAUGUAAACAUCAGGCAUCAUGUUAGAAUUUGUUAAUUAUUUAUUUGAAAAUUAAGGGUUUACUAUGUAGAAUUUGUUGAUUAUUUAUUUGAAAAUUAAGGGUUUACAAUGUAGAGUACAAUGUGAGGUCAGAUUUCAAUUUUUAAUACGAUUUAAAGCAAUGCACAGGCUAAUUUUGUAUGAUUAAUAUUAAACAAUUACAUGUGCAAGUCAAACUUCAGAGUUGUAUUGUUUCACAGAUGUUUUGCUAAUUAAAAAUUAACUAAGGCAUGAAGUAAACUGACAGCUGUGGGGUAUGUACUGAUAUUGCAGAACUUAAGUAACAAUAUGAUGCCUAAUCAUUCUCAGUUUGGGUGGUUGCAUUAUGAAUCUAGUUUCCUUGGCCAGCCUUAUGAGAUCCCGGUGUUUAAUCUUGGUGUGGUUAACUGCAUAAGAAUAAUAAUGAUCUUUUCACUUCCAAUUCUUAUGUGUCAAAGUACUGUCUUUUCUUGCUUAGCAGGCAUAGGGUUUCAAAGUAAUCAUGCUUUAGAAUUUUACAAAUUCAUUUGCUGAAUUGCAUUUUGUACCAUAUGGUAGUGUUAAAAAAAAACCUGUUGACUAAAAUAUAGGAUUGCUUACUUUACCCAUGAUGUAUUUACUAACUAGACCACCAAGUCCCAUUUUAAACUUAGAGGGCUUUCUCAGGUGAUUUUUAAAAUGAGUUGAAGAUUGUGGCAACGUCAAGUUAAGGAGGACAGCCAGGUGGGGUAAGAUUAAAGGGAAAAAAUGAAACUAUCAGAAAACAGUGCAGCACUGGUCAAAUGACUCUUCGAAGAACCCCUAGUAUUUUAAUAUAAAAUAGGGGCCAUGUGAGGUAGAAAAAUGGUACCCUUCCCUAAAAGGGUUACAGAAAUGAAAAGAAAAUUUUACACGAAGUAUAUUGCCCAGUUUAGAUAAAAAGCAUACAAACAUCUAAAUUUUAUUUUGAAGUGGUUUAAUCAAUUUGAAGUGUUUUUCUUUGUUUAAAAGUUACAUUAUAAGUACAUAAAUUGUGUUGAUAGAUGAAUUUGGCCCCUUUAACAAUUUCAGUUAUCUCUUCAUCUUUUAUUAAUGGUGCCUUUUUCUGCUGAUGUUGAUUACUAGAACAGCAGGUUAAUAUCAGAAUAGGAGUUUUGUUAAAAUGAACUCCUGUUGUAGAGUGAUUACAAUGUAGUAUUGUAUUUUAUCAAAUUAAUAAUCAUUAUAUUUUUAUGCCUGGAUGAAUUAUUUCAGGUUUGAUGUAGUAUGUAAGGCAUUGUCCGUAUGGUGAGAUUGUAUGUAUUUUGAACACUUGUCAGACUAGUUUUUAUUGUUUGUUCAUGAAAAUGAAAAGUGAGAAGUCAUAAGAAUAUCCAGGAAUGAUGUUAUUUUGUAUGUGCAAUUACACUUUCAAGUAUAUACAAGUAAUGGUAAUAAAAAAAAAAAUUACAAAUAAUUAUUAUAAUAGUGGAAAGUGAAGGAAAUACUUGUAAUGGUAAUGGAGUGAGAUGUGGUUUAUAGUUAACAUCAAUCUCUAUAUGAUCAUCAUGUAUGUUUGGAAUAUAGAUUAAAUCAAU